GAAAAAGUGAAUUUCCAUAAACAAUGUGUUCUAUUAACAGUUGCACACAUGAUUGAGACAUUGCUCGAGUAUUUGUAAUACACUGGCAUUUGAUGAUUGCUUUAGCAAUUACCUUUGCUGUCCUGUAUUUUGUACAGACAUUUCCCAGACUCCAGUCCAGAGACAUGACAUGAACUGGACUAGAUCGCUAACGUUAGACCAUUAACGUGCCUUUGAAUGAUCGAAUUUGUAACCAACUUUAAUGUCUCGAGCUGUAUUCAAAACGUUAAUUCAUGACCACGAUUACCAUUUUUUGAUGUUACUGAUCAAAUUGCGUUAUCCACUAACGUUAGCAAGUUAUCUGACCACCUAGCUGGCUUGAAGAUUGAAGGGUGAAUGGAGGCAACACAGCUGAUCGAUGACUCAAUAUUGGAAGAGUCAGAGGAGGAGGAUGAUGGAGAGAAGCGAGGAGAGCCACUGGCCAAACUCAGGGUGUUAAAAAAUAAACACAUCGCAGAGACUGAGUUGCCUCUCUACCAGGGAGAAAAUGUGUUGGGUCGAAACCCAGACUCCUGCUCCCUGCCCCUUGUGGCCGGCUCCGUAUCCAAGCAACACACCAUCAUCUCCAUCUCAACGUUUCGCGGCAACCAUCGUCACGGCAACGUUGCCGCCAUGGAGACAGAGGCUUUAGUGUGGGACCUGGGCAGCAUGAACGGGACAAGGAAGGGCCGGACCAAACUGACCCCUCACGUCCGCUACGCUCUGACCGAGGGAGAGUGUGUGGUAAUAGCUGACAUCCCCUGCCAGUAUGUCUCUGUGGACCAGAGGGGGGGACAGGGGCACAUGCAGAACCCGACAAACGCACACUCUGGAAGGGGAAGUAGGUCAGGGUCAGACAGGAAGGCCCAGCUCAGAGGAAGCCCUAGCGGCCAAGGUCUGGGACGAGAGACUGGCACACCGAAGACUGAGGCUAGAGGAGUUAAUGGAGAGAUUGGGGCACCAUCGUUGACUGAGCUGGGUGGAAUGGGUAAAAAUCUGGCCAAACCCCUGUCAUUUGAACAAACCCCCACACAGCCUGAGAGGACACUGGUGCCUGAGUCUGACUCCGAUGGAGAGCAAGAGGGACGGAGAGACAAACGGGGAAAGUACUUUGUCUCUGAUUCUGACUCGCACAUGUCCAGUCCCACCUGUUCUACAUUCCUCAGUCCUACAACCAAAGUCAUUCCAGAGAGUGAGGACGAGAGCCCCAUCACUCCCUCCUCCUCUGCUAAAAACAGACCCAAGAAAAUAGUGAGCUUCAGUGAGGAGGAGAGCGACAUGGAUGGACCGAGACAGCAGCCCAGGAGAAGAAGAGCUCAAGUGAUAGUGGACGACAGCGAAGAAGAGGAGGAGGGGAAGGAAGGCACAGAGGCACUAGGAGAGAAGGAAACUGGCAAAAGGACAAGAGGAAAGGAGGAUGUGUCAGUGGUGAACCAGGUCAGUCAAGCUGAGAGAGAUCGAUUAACCCCCUCUGCACCAAUGGUGUCUACAGAGGACACGUUUAACAUGGACAGUGACACAGACGUAGAGGGAGAGGAGGAGAUGGGGCUGUCUGCACCUGUAAAUGCUGUUAAGCCACCAGCCGCAACAGAACCUCCUACUACAGACUCUGACCCAGGCCAGAUCCACAUGGACAGUGAUACUGAUGUAGAGGAAGGGGAUACUAUGGACGGUGACACUAAUUUAAUGCUAACUGCUGCCGAUGUGGAGAGGAAACCAGUAGAUUCUGUCCCAGUGGUGCAGCCAACAGAGAUCCACCUGGACAGUGAUACAGACGUGGAUGAUGAUGUUGUUGUGUCAGACAGUGCUACCAAUGUUACCUCCUUCGUAUCCGAUCCGGCUGAGAAACCAGACGAUCCUGCCCCUGCAGUGCCACCCGUAGAAUUCCACCUAGACACUGACACAGAUGUGGAAGAGGAGGACACAGACACACAUUCCAAAACAGUUACAGAAUCAGAUUCUAGUGGGAUCAGAACAGGGAUUGCUGGUCCCCAGGAGAUCCUUUUGGACAGUGAUACUGAUGAAGAAGACAGCCCGUUUACCCCUCCGGCCAGCAGCAGAACAGCGGAGCUCCUUAAUCCACCCACCAGUGUAGGACCUGCAGCUGCUGCUCCUCUGGAGAUCAGGUCUGACAGCGACACUGACUUAGAGGAAGACGCCACACAGACCAUGAACCUUCCUCCUCCUAAUGUCACCACGGUAACGGAGGAUGCGGUGUUAGCGUCGCGACAGGCCGUGCUUCCAUCACCCACAAUAACAACAACAACCGGUGCUGUUACCAAGACAAUCGCUCUCAGGUCUCAGGACUCUGAUGCUGACACAGAUGCUGAGGAGGAGAGGUUGGAGCCCAAUCCCCCCCGGUGUCAGCCCCCAGCAGGGAUGGUCCCGGAGCCGGCCCCCAGCAGGGAUGGUCCCGGAGUCGGCCCCCAGCAGGGAUGGUCCCGGUGUCGGCCCCCAGCAGGGAUGGUCCCGGAGUCGGACCUCAGUGAGCCCAGUGACUUCAGGAUGGACAGUGAUACAGAAGAGGAUGGACCAGGAGAGGCAGGCCAGGGACAGACUGCAUGUCGGCUCAGAGAGGGGGCAGCUGGCCCUGGGCUGCUCCCCCUGGGGGGUUCCCCUGGCCCUCAUCAGAAGUGCUCCACCCCUUUGGCAUCGUCAGUUCAGGAGGAGAUGGAGACUCAGGUCUUCUUCUGUCCCUCUGACCCCUUCAGACGCCCAGCUCUCCCUCCUGUGCUGAGGCCUACAGCAGCAUUGUCCUGCUCUGCAUCAGACAGCCAGGAGGACGAUGACUUUGUGGUGGCCGAGACCCAGUCAUUUGUGUUGGAGGCCCAGAACCAGGGCCAUCAGAGCAGCCUUCCAGUGGAACCAACCCUGGAUGCUACGCAGCCCUAUGGUUUGGAGCCUUCCUUGGGGGAGGACCGGGAGGAGCAGCCCAGCCGAGGCUCCUUCCAGCUGGGUCUGUCAGACAGCAGCCACCUCCACCUCCAGGCCAGGGACCAGGCCUCAGAGAGCACCCAGGCAUUCAGCUUCCCAGGUGGGGAUUCUGACCUGGAGGCCACCCAGACCUAUGGAUCUGGAGGGGGGAGAGAGGAGCCUGGCCUGGGCCAGAGGUCUGCGGUGUUCGGGAGGAACAGGCAGGUGGACUUUGUCCUGGAGGCAACACAGGCUUAUGGAUCUGGAGGGGGGAGAGAGGAGCCUGGCCUGGGCCAGAGGUCUGUGGUGUUCGGGAGGAACAGGCAGGUGGACUUUGCCCUGGAGGCAACACAGGCUUAUGCUGCCCAGCCUCGCAGUGACACAGAGGAGGAAGAUGAAGAGGAGACCCCCACCACGUCUAAUGUUGCUACGACUGAAACCCUGCCCAUGUCUGCCUAUGAGGAAGAGGACGGUGAGGAGGAGGAAGAUUUGGUUGGGGCCAAGCCCCUGACCCCAGUAAGGAGAGGGAGAUCUGGAGGAGCGAGGGAGAGAGAGGAAGAGGAGCAGGAGACCCAGACUGGUGAGGUUCUGACCAACCAAUACCUCUCCACAGCUCAAACUCUGGACAUGGUCCAGGAGAGUGAUGAUGAGGAAGAAGCCAAACCAGACUCGCCCAGAAGUAGACGGACCCAAAAACAGACAGUAGACGAGGAAGAGAGACAGACUGUCAGCUCCUACCUCUCCACUGCUGAAACCCAGCCCAUGUUUACUGCUGCUGCUGCUGAGGAUGAUGAUGAUAAUGAGGAGGAAGAACUCAAACCUGCAUCACCCAGAAGGAGGGGAAGGUCCCAGAGAGGGAGAGUAGAAGAGGAGGAGACACAACCUAGUGAGUUCUUCACCAGCUCCCACAUCUCCACCGCUGAAACUCAGCCUAUGGGUACUUGUGACACUGAGGAGGAGGAGGACACCAAAGCUAAAGGACAGGCUCAGAGAGAGCGAGGGAAAGAGUCGGAGGCUGGGACAAGCGGUGUCAGCAGUAGAGGUAGAAGAGGAGCUAGAGGAGGAGAGGAGGUGAGCUCUGAGACUCUGAAAACGCAGAUGAGAGGGAAGGGGAAGGCUGUGAACACCACGGGAGGCGGAGGGAGGAGAGAGGUGUUGCCUGAGGAGGAAGAGAGUGAGAAAGAAGAAGAGGCGGAGGUGGUUGAGCAAGGGAGAAGAGGAAAUAACAGUGUGAAACAACAGAAAGAGGGAGAAAAAGAAAGACUUGAGGAAGAGGGAAUAGAGAAGGAAAGACAAGAACAGCCUGAGAAGGAACGGUUGCAGAAGGAAAAAGUAGAAUCAGAAAGGGUUAUGAAGGAACAACAGGACAGAGAGAGGAUGGAACAGGAACUUAAAGAACAAGAUGACAGAUUAAAGAGUGUGGAAAGAGAAGAAACAGAAAGGAUGGAGAGGGAGAAAAGAGAACAGGAGAAAAGAGAAGAAACAGAAAGGAUGGAGAGGGAGAAAAGAGAAGAAACAGAAAGGAUGGAGAGAGAGAAAAGAGAAGAAACAGAAAAUAUGAAAAGAGAAGAAACAGAAAGGAUGGAGAGAGAGAAAAGAGAACAGGAGAAAGAGAAGAAACAGAAAGGAUGGAGAGAGAGAAAAGAGAAGAAACAGAAAGGAUGGAGAGGGAGAAAAGAGAAGAAACAGAAAGGAUGGAGAGGGGGAAAAGAGAAGAAAAGAGAGAAAACAGAACAGGAGAAAAGAGAGCGGCUUGAGAGGGAAAGGAAGGAACGAGAAGAGCAAGAAAGACUGCAGUGCGAGAGGACAAAAAGAGAAAAGAAGGAGAGAUUAGAGGAAGAAAAAGAAAGAAUAGAGCGGGAGAGGAAAGAAAUAGAAGAGAGGAACAGACUGGAGAGGGAGGAAAAAGAAGAGAGGAACAGACUGGAGAGGGAGGAAAAAGAAGAGAGGAACAAACUGGAGAGGGAGGAAAAAGAGAAGCAAGAACAAUUGGAGAGAGAAAGGGUGGAGAAAGAGAGGAUAGAGGGAGAACAAGCAGAAAAGCAAAGAUCGGAGAAAGAAAAAAUGGAAAGGGAAGAGAAGAGAAAACAGGAGAGAGAACUAUUGAAGAAGAAAAAGGAAGCGAAGGAGAGAAAGCUGAAAGAAAAACUGGAGAGUGAGAAGAAGGAAAGAGAAAAGAAGGAAGUCGAGGAGAAAGAAAAGGAGAUAAAAGAACGACAGGCGAAGGAACAAGGAGAAAAACAAGCCAAGAAAGACGACGAAAAUGAGCUAAAAACAUCCAGGAGAGGUCGCAGAGCAACAACCAGGAGAACCGUCACGGUUCCACCCACAACGGAACCACAACCUGAACUUAAUAUUCUGUCCAGCACACCAGAACCAGUCCCAGCUAGUAUAACUAGGUCUCGCUCCAACUCUUCCAACUCUGUCAGCUCUGAGAGAUCCAGCAUAGACACCCUGGGGAGCAGAGGGAGAGGGGGCAGGAAGACCACCAGCACCACAGAGCCAGCCCCAGGUCCAGACGACCCCACCCGCAACAGCACCAGGAGAAGGACGUUGGUCGGGACGGUUGUGGCUCCCCCUGCUGCUGUGGAGAUCACAGUGCAGGACAUUCUCUCCAGCGAACAGUUUGUUGCCAGGAGAACCCGCUCCAGCUCCACCAACUCCCACAGCUCCACCAACUCGGAGGUCUCCACCUGUAUCGUGGAUAGCGUGAGCUCUCAGAGCAAAGGGAGGGGAGGAGGCAGAAGGAGGAAGACUGGAACAGAGUCUCUCUCCCCCAGUAACAGGCAGAGUGAGCAGCCUCCAGCCCACAAGCCCACAGCCAGAGGCAGGAGAGGCCAGAAGGUUGAGGAUGAUGGUCCACACCCUGUUAUUAAUGAGAAGGCUGAUUCUCAGGAGGCUGGUGGUACCACUAGAGGGCAGAAUAAAACUGCCAAAACCAAUGAGCCAGACCCUGUAGUAGCAGUUGAAGAAACCACUCCAGCCCAGGUAACAGAGGACUCCCCCGCUCCUAGAGGGAAUGGAAGAGGCCGGGGCCGAGCCGGCCAGAAAGACAACACACCUGAAUCCACCACUACAACAGCAGGAGGGGACACUCCAAGUGAAGAGGGAGUGGAGUCUAAAACAUGUGGGAGAGGGCAAGGGAGGAAGAGGGGGCUGGAAGAGGAGGAGGAGGAGGAGAACAGUGGGUUCAAGGUUCCCCGGAGGAAAGCUAAGGUUCAGAAGGGAGGGAGAUGCAGGGCAGCAGAGGAGGAAGGAGAGAAAGAGGAGAAACCUGCAUCCACUCCAGCAAAGAGGGGCAGAUCCUCCACUGCACAGGUGAAAAAGAUAGCAGAGGAUGAGAAGAGUAUGGAGAGACAGAGUGAGAAGAUGGAAGAGGAAGAGGCUGGUGCUGUGCAGAGGAAAGUCCGAGGCAGGCAGUCGACGGUUCAGAUAAAGAAAAAAGAGGAACCUGUUUUGGACUCUAAUUCUGUGGUGCCCCAGACCCCUACAGGUAAGGGCAGAGGUAAACGUAGGGCCCCUGUGGAAUCAUCACCACUAGCCAGGACCCCUCGCUCCUCCUCUGCCUCUCCCCUGUCCUCCCUCUCCUCCCCUGGGACACUGGGGCCAGCGAGGGCCGCCACACAGUCCUACAAGGUGUUGUUUACAGGAGUGGUGGAUGAGGAGGGAGGGAAGGUGGUGUCUUGUCUGGGGGGCAGCCUGGCGAAGGGCGUGGCUGACAUGACCCACCUGGUGACUGACCGGGUCCGACGCACCGUCAAGUUCCUGUGUGCUGUGGCCCGCGGCGUGCCCGUCGUCACCACCGUUUGGCUGGAUAAGUGUGGUAAGGUGGGUCGUUUCCUACCUACUGACAGGUACCUGGUGAAGGACAGGGAGCAGGAGAACAAGUUCAGCUUCUGUCUGGAGGAAUCACUGAGGACCGCCAGCACCCAACCUCUACUACAGGGUUAUGAGGUCCAUGUGACCAGGUCAGUGUUGCCAGAGCCAGCCCAGAUGAAGGACAUCAUUGUCUGUAGCGGAGCUCGCUUCCUCUCCACGAUGCCCUCCACUCAGAAGGCCCAGGCCCAGACCCUAGUGAUAUCGUGUGGGGAGGACUGGUCUCUCUGUGCUCCUGCUCUCUCUGCUUCUCUCCCCGUCCUCAGUGCUGAGUUCCUGCUAACUGGUAUAUUACAGCAGAGAGUGGACCUGGUAACCCAUGUCCUCUCAGCCCCCAAACCCAGGGCCCAGCCAGGAGCCAAAUGCCAGGCCAGGGGGAGGAAGAGAAUGUAACAAAGACCAAACUCACCUGGGUGGUAUUCAUUAGUGCAUACUGUAGCAAAACCAUAUGCAACAGAAAACAAACACUAGUGUUUCUUAUUGGACAAGUUCAGGUAAUCCCUCCCUGUUUUAGUCUGUUUUCUACCGUUAGGUUAAUAUGACCCUACAGGGUCUACAGGGCCAGGGAGAAGGCAUUACAGUUCCAGAGAAGACCACAGGUGUGUGUGUGUGUGUGUGUGUGUGUGUGUGUGUGUGUGUGUGUGUGUGUGUGUGUGUGUGUGUGUGUGUGUGUGUGUGUGUGUGUGUGUGUGAUGGCAUAGCAUGCAACACCCACCUCCACCUGUAUAGAGAACAGUAGCAGGACCAGGCCUCAGAGGAGUGGUAACUACAGUACUACUACCCUGGAGGGGCUGGAGACCAUUAGACACCUGAGGGGAGGAGUCGGAUGUACAAGAGACGGUGGCAGCAUCCCAAAUGGGACACUAUUGCUUACUUUUGACAAAGAGCCCUGCACUAUGUAGGGAAUAGAGUGCUAUUUGGGACACAGACGUGAAAGGCUGGUGAGAGGAGACAUCCACCUGUAUGACCGACUAGAUAGUUGAGAAUUUAUUCACUCUGAUAAGAAGACAAACAAACCCAAGAGAUGGAAAUCUAUUCCUAUGUUUAUGGGGGUAGAGAAAAUACAUGCAGAGAAAUGCUCUGAAUAUAUUUGUGUUCAUAAAAAAUUAUAUAAAUAUGAGUUAACAUAGAGGAGACGGAGUAAUAGAUGAGAUAAUUUACUGCCUAUCCCAGUCAUUUAUUUAUGUCUCUUCCUCUUUUCCUGUCUUUCCUCCCUCUCCUGAUCUUUUAUCUAUACUGAUUAAAAGCCAUCCUCUCGCCUUUUGUAUAAAGAUAACAAAUAUAUAUAUUAGUGCCUAUUUUACGAGGAUAGUGUUGAAUAUACCAGGUGUCUGUCUUCACCAGCUGUGAUUGCUGAAGGGACAUGUCUUCAAUCUUAGAAAAAGGACCGAACUGAUUGUCUUAAUGCUGCUCGUCCAUUUACAUCUUUGUAUGUCUAGGAGUUAUAUGUCUUUAUUUACCGAUCAAUAAACCUUUUGUACUGAA